AAAUGGGAUGGUAAAAGCUUAACCGGCGAUUCCGAUAUUAAGUUUAGGUUUGGAUAAACCGGGUUUGAACUCCCCCUAUCAUAGUUUACGCAUAUAUCUCCAGAACAAUCUAAGAACGGCGGCUAACGAACGUAUUUUUCCGGCGAUACUUCGAAACCAAUUUCUUCAUUUUUUUCUUCUGAUUCAUAAAGAAUGGAGGAACCAACGCCGGAGGAGGAAGGGGGAAUCACCAUCAUGUCUAAAUCCCGCAAAAAUCCUAAAACCGUAGUAAACAUUCAGUCCCAGAAACUUGAUUCGGACCAGAAUACUCCUCAAUUUGAGAAAUUCACUAAUCCUAACCCUAGCUCCGACACCACAUCCGCCACUAAUUUCGAAGGGCUCGGAUUAGCUGAGUGGGCAGUGGAAACGUGUAAAGAGCUUGGGAUGCGUAAACCCACUCCAGUUCAAACUCACUGCGUGCCGAAGAUAUUAGCCGGACGAGACGUUUUAGGGCUUGCUCAGACUGGUAGUGGUAAAACUGCUGCGUUUGCUCUACCUAUACUUCACCGCCUUGCUGAAGAUCCUUAUGGAGUCUUCGCGCUUGUAGUGACGCCGACUAGAGAGCUAGCGUUCCAGCUCGCUGAGCAGUUUAAGGCUUUGGGUUCGUGUUUGAAUUUGCGUUGCUCUGUAAUUGUGGGAGGAAUGGAUAUGUUGACGCAAACUAUGAGCUUGGUUUCACGACCUCAUAUCGUUAUUACUACUCCUGGAAGAAUCAAGGUUUUGCUUGAAAACAAUCCUGAUGUUCCUCCAGUUUUCUCUAGAACCAAGUUCUUAGUGCUGGACGAGGCGGAUAGAGUUCUUGAUGUUGGUUUCCAAGACGAGUUACGCACAAUCUUUCAGUGUCUGCCAAAGAGUAGACAAACAUUGUUGUUCUCUGCUACCAUGACUAGUAACUUACAGGCUUUGCUUGAACAUUCUUCAAACAAAGCUUAUUUCUAUGAAGCCUAUGAAGGGUUAAAGACUGUUGACACUCUUACGCAGCAGUUCAUUUUCGAAGACAAAGAUGCCAAAGAGCUGUAUCUUGUGCACAUCCUCUCGCAAAUGGAAGACAAGGGCAUUCGAUCAGCCAUGAUUUUUGUCUCCACUUGCAGAACAUGUCAAAGGUUAAGUCUUAUGCUUGACGAGCUUGAAGUGGAAAAUAUAGCUAUGCAUUCUCUGAAUUCUCAGUCUAUGCGACUAUCUGCACUAAGUAAAUUCAAGUCUGGGAAAGUACCGAUAUUGCUUGCGACUGAUGUUGCCAGCCGUGGAUUGGACAUUCCUACUGUUGACCUUGUCAUCAAUUAUGACAUUCCGAGAGAUCCUAGGGAUUAUGUUCAUCGUGUUGGACGUACAGCUAGAGCUGGUAGAGGAGGACUGGCUGUAAGCAUUAUCACUGAGACCGAUGUGAAACUUAUCCAUAAAAUAGAAGAGGAAGUUGGAAAAAAGAUGGAACCAUACAACAAAAAAGUAAUCACUGACAGUUUAGAAGUCACAAAGGUCUCAAAAGCCAAAAGAGUGGCAAUGAUGAAGAUGCUAGAUAAUGGAUUCGAAGACAAGGUUAAAGACCGGAGGAAAUUGAAACGGAAAACACUUGCGGAUAAAGGGUUGCUUAAGAAACGGGGCAAAAGGCAGAAAUCAACAGAAAAUUGAUGACUAAAAAAUCAUCUUCAAGUUUUGUUCUCUUAGCUGCAUUUUGAGCAGCAAAUCUCUAAGAAUCUAUGUUUACCAAUGUUCUUACUUUGUUCACAUUUAGCAAAUCCCGUAGUCUUGAAUCUCGAUUGUUCACAUUUGGUAAGAAACGUUCUUACAUUAAUCUAUCAUAUUUCCUUCUCAACACUAGCGAGAAAAACAAUUUUUUUUUUUUUUUUUUUUGUUUUGUUUUGGUAAAAAAAGGGGGAAAGGAGAAAAGGGUCAACAAAUAUCUCCCUCCUGACCCCAAAACACUUGGAAAGAGUAAAGAGAAACCUAUAAAAUAUCGAAUCUGUUUCACUUUGAAGCCUUGUGAGCUGGUGGUUUGGAUUGGUUCGAAGUAGCUGCAGUUGACAUAACACGUAACCGACCAGCUAUCUCCGUGAAGGAUGGCCUUGCUGUUGGGUUAGGCGCCCAACACUCCUCCAUUAAUAUUCGCCAGUCCGAGUCACAGUAGCUCGGUAUGGUCGGCCUCAGUGUGUUGUUCACUAUCCCACCUGCGUUUAAACCAUUAAUUUAUGAGUAAGAUAAGAACAAGUCGUGUCCCAUCCGAUUUUACCAAUUCCAGGCCAGAAGACACCAGAACCGAAACCGAGAUGGGAAAGAAAAUAAGCUGACUAUAACCUCAUGUUUUCUGAAAAUCCUUCAAAGUAAAACUCAAACCCAACCAAAACACACACCUAUUAUAGCACCGUAGUGCA